AUGGCAACUAUGUCGUUGGGAAAGCUCCUAAGAGUAAGCACUUUGCUUCUGGGCCCAGCAUCAGUGCUGGCGCUCUCCUGUGCAAACCUCACAGCCCUCCAGGGCGUGGCAGAUGUCGAGUCAUGGAUCAUCACGUCCGCCGAGACCGAUAUUAAGACCAGUGACUAUCUGUCCUACUGCAAUGUGUCCGCAGUCAUAGGUGGCCGCAUUCGAGCCUGGAUGUUGCUUCCAGAGGCGGAAGAAUGGAACGGCCGCUUUGUCCAGAUCGGCUGUGGCGGCGCCUGCGGCUACAACCCGUUCGACUCGACGUACUUUGACAUUGAUGGCGCUUUGAGCAAUGGCAGCGCAUUAUCGACAACAGACAUGGGUGUCCCGGAUUCUUCGAACAACUAUGCGCCAAUGCAUAACAAUUUGCAAAUGCGCAUCGAUUGGGGAUUUCUGGCGACUCACCUGACGGCCGUGAUGUCAAAGGAAGUCAUCAAGGCUUACUACGGAAAAGAGCCAUCGUACUCAUAUCACCUGGGCAGCUCAACGGGCGGCAGACAAUCCCUCGUGGAGGCACAGCGCUUCCCCGAAGACUUCCAUGGAGUCUUCGCCAUUGCACCUGCGUACAAUGAAACGGGGGUCACCACCUUUUCCAUUUCCUGGACGGCACGCGCAGCGCUUCUCGACGAGACAAAUUUCACGGCAGCAAUUACAGAAGCGGAGGCGGAGCUUCUUCACGCCACCGCCAUCGCAGACUGUGAUGGCUUGGACGGCAUAGUAGAUGGGAUCAUCUCUCUCCCCAGACUGUGCCACCCGGAUUUUGAUCGACUUCUCUGCAGCUCUCACUUGAGCAGCAACUCGAGCAGCAAUUCCAGCUGCAUCAGUCAGACGGGCUUGGAGGCUGCAAAGAAAAUAUACUCCGGCCCCAUCUCUUCUCUGACGGGUGAAAAGCAAGUCCCAGAGGGCCUGCUUCCGGGAUCCGAAGAUUCUUGGGUGGGCACUUACAUUGCUACCACUUCCGGAGAGCCUUCUGCGUGGUAUUCCUUCUCCAUGUCGUUUCUCUCUUAUUUUGCCUUCUGGCCAGACCCGAUUGAUCCGGUCACCCCAUUUAGUGUCGAUCUAUCAAACCCGUCUCUGCUGCGGCAGACGUCCAAGACUGAGAGCCUGGAAUUCGGCGGUGUCGCAGACAUGACCAAGUUUAAGCUUCUUGGAGGUAAGAUUAUCAUGACCGGCGGACUGCAGGAUGUGGCCGUCGCCCCUGGCUUCCCCCUUGAUCUAUGGAAUCGGGUAGGGUCUGUUAUGGGAGAGGGCGAUGAUGGAAGAGACGGGUUCAUGAAGUUCUUUGAGCUGCCAGGUGUGAAUCACGUUUCUGGGGGUCCUGGAGCAGACACGUAUGAUGCUCUUGGCUAUCUUGUGGACUGGGUGGAGAACGGGGUCAGCCCGGAUAUGAUGAUUGCGUCCCAUCUCGACGACGACGGAACGGUCGAGUUUACCAGGCCACUGUACGUUUACCCAAUGGUAGCCGGUUACAACGGCACGGGCAACAGCUCAUAUUGGGAAAGUUUUGUUCCUAUCAAUGGCUGCGUAGCUUUCUGGGACCUUUAG